AUGAGGAGUGUGGGGCUGCGCCGCAAGCAGCGACAGUCGGCGAAGGGGAGUUCGGCUGGGCAGAGCGAUGCGCCGGUCACAGUCGUCUUCCGCGCGCAUACCGACAGCCUUUCGCAGGCACCGUUCCUCUACUACCCGAAGAACUACGGCCUCUCUAUGCCAUCCGCACCGGACGGCUUCACAGAGGCAGUGAUCGAGCUCUGCGUGCCUAGCAGCAGCAGCAGCAACAGCGGCGAUGGCGGUUGCGGCGUCCCUGGCAGCGGUAGCGGCAACGGGAGCAGCAGUGCUGGUGGGAAGAACACUGUCGCUGGGAAUGUCACACAGCGCCACGGUGCCGCUGCAUCAGAGGUAACGGCAUCCGUGUCGUCGUCCUGCGUGGAUCGUGGAGCAUUUCGUGUGCCGACGUCUUAUUCGCUGGACGUUGCCGGCUCGCCGGGUACCGCACAUGCAGGGUCACUGACAGGCGGCGAGAUUCUCAUGCCAGAUGGGCAUCAGACGUGCCCCAACGCCUGGCCCGCAGCUCCCACGUCUAUGCCUGGGUACGACAGUUGGGUCUGCCGUGCGUACUGCUUUGGGGAGAGAGACGCGUUGCACACAAAUGGUGCUAUUAGCGUGCAUCAGUCGCUGACGAAUAAAAGCCAAUUUAUCAACGACAUCACAAAAGGAAAGGCGCUGGCGCGUGUUGUGCCGACGUACGACGAGGUGCGGGACCGUUUCGGAAUCUCACAUGUGGAGUUGUCGUUUGAGGAACAGUCCAUUUCACGUGCAGACAUGUUUCUAGUCUCGGAGGCGUUGCGCGGCUACAUUCUUUACGAGGGACAGGAGGUUCGUCUCUGUGGCUUCUCCAUGAAGGUGGAUGAAAUGCUCCGCAGCGUGACACCAACAGCACCAGAUGUGUCGCCCGUGAAUGCUCACCAGUUUGACAGUGGUACAGUUGCUGCCAAUGCCAAUAGCAGCAUCUGCAACAACGUUGCUAAGGCCACGCUUGAUUCUGACGCUGCCUCCAAGGGGGGCGAUGUGGCAUGGGAGGCAACAAAGGCUAACGCGUCACAGCGCCCUUCUGUACAGCAGCAACAUCAACAACAAAGUGACGAAGGGACCGAAUGCCGAUAUCGUCGGGUGCGAUGUGGUCUUGUAACUGACACGACCCUUGUAAACUUCCGCUCCCUUUCUGCAGUACACUUUAUUAUUCUUGAGAUAUCCAAAGAGAUGUGGAAUCCGACCAUGGAUGGCCGCAUCACACUUGCCUGGGCUGUUAAGACGUUUUUGGGAGAGUAUUUGGUUCAACAGAUACCAAAGCACAAGGCCUCCCCACGCAUUCGUAUCGUGAUGGUGGGCCGGCUGCAUCCGCAGUACACCAUUAAGGGGCACGUUGAUAUUGUGCAUAUGAUGAAAAUACCGCGCGACUACCAUGCCGCCUCUCUGGCAGAGGAGGUAGAACUUCAGUGCGAUGUGCUUGUGCGGCGUGUGCUGCAAGAGGUAAAGGAGUCACUUGGAGAGACAGCUGCAUUGGGAGAGAGCCACUCUUCCCCGCAAGACCAAAAUCCUCCUGCUGUUUCCGUGGCUGAUGAGGCUGUCAGUAGUUUGGAGGCUGUAAACGCGCUGACAGAGCGGGAUAUCUUCGUCCAUGCAAAGAAUACAUGCACUAUCGAAACCAUUGGCCUCGUGCUUGAAGACUGUAUUGAGUAUAACGCGGAGCGUAACACAGAUUACAUCAUUAGCGUCGUUUCGGCUGGUAAAGGGAUUUACCAGGUUACCAACGAUCUCAUGCAGGCGACGUGUGCGCGACUUUUCAAUGUUGGUAUCGAGAAGGUUAAUAUUGUGUGCAUCGGGCGCCCCCCACUGCACGCGACACCGCUCCUGGAAUAUGUGUCGGAGGAUGAAACGCUCCGCUCUCAGUAUCAUCUGCAUGUGCAUGGACGCAAUCGCCGGUUCUAUGAGCGACCCGAAUGGGCCCGCUGCUACUUCUACCACCCUGCACCAGACGUCACUUCAACCGGGCUCUUGGCGUUUGAGCUUCUGACAAAGGAGGAGUGGCUGUUGAGGUACCAUGCACUUCGGGCGAACAGCACCGGUUUCGUUCCCGGGCUCGGCCUGCCGGUGGUGCCGCUGAGCAGCGUCGUUCUCCCAGUGAUGGAGCCGCGGAAGGUCGGCCACGUUUUUACCACUUCUGCAACGGCGUCAGACGACGAUACGCACCCUUCACCGACGCUUCCCUCCACUCUGCAGAGUCAGCUGGGGUCCGUUGGAGGGACACGCUACUCGCUACUCUUCAGCCGCGCCUCUGAUGUUUGUGCAAUGCUGUAUCCGCCGCCACGCGUCUCUGCAGCAAGCACCGGCCAUGAGGACCAUGUAAAGGGAGGUUCACUCGAUGGGAUGUGGAGGUUUGACACGACCCUUUCCGAUGAAGUUAUAAAAAGGCGUACGAAUCGGGUUCAACAACAACAGCAACAACAACAAUCGUGCCGACCGUUUGUUGCCGCGGCGUGGUACUGCCUUCAAGGUGGCGAUGUGGGACGCCAUUCAAGGCUUGGCCGAGACCGCUUGCAUGAGUAUAUUAUUCGGCACUGCUCGGAGGAUACCGUGGAGGGACAAUCAGGACACGUUGCCGUACCACUCGUUGCGGCUGGUAUCAUUCCGUGUGGAAUGAACAUCCUCGAUGGCGAUCUCCAGAGUGGUUACAUGAUCCUUAAGCUGCGGAUAGACUCGGCGGUCCUUCCCCAUGCCCGCUGGUCACCGGAACUUCUCAGUAACACGGAAUUAUGGGCCAUGUUGAUGGGUGCCUUUUCCGGCGAGGAUGACCGGCUCUCGGUGGAGGAGCAGGAGUACUUUGUGUCACAUUUCCACGCGGCGGAAAUCUUUUCCAGCGAAUACAGUUCCAUCCUGAAAGGGGGCCAGACGCUGAUUCUAGUGUCACAGCGUAGUAACGUGAGCUUCUUGACAUCCGAGAAAGUUGUCUUGGGGUUUCGUCAAGCGUGUUUUGUCGAUACCGGUGAUGCCCAACCGUCCUCAACUACGAUCGCCCAUGUGCAGAUGCGAAACAGCAUUCUGUUUGCAAUUAAACCCAUCAGCCCAUACCGCCCGGUGUUGGCAACGGAUGUCGCGGCAUCUACUUCCCACAAUGUCAGUACUGAAGUUCUGCUGCGUCGCCGGUGGCAGUUCGCCCACCCGGAGUUGUCAUCCUCUUCAUCUUCAUAUUCUUCAACGCGACGGUCACCGUGGGCGGCGUUGUGUCACUGUAAGAUUCUUCCACUCUAUGGUAUGAAGUCCGCCUACCCACGUGAUAGUUUCUUUGUCGUGCCAACGCACCAGUAUGCGGUGUCCAUACACGACAGCACACAGCUGCUCGAGUAUGUCCUUCAGCGCUUACAUCAGCAGUAUCAGAUUGUCGUGGUUGACCCAUCAUUAGCGGGAAUGCGGUGGCCACGCGAUGAGCCUACGCAAAACGCCCGUCUUGAGAUGUCGAUUGGCCAUCAGAUACAUGAGAUAAAAAUUGGAGAGACGGGGCAAAGCAUGUCCGUUACGCGUAUGCUGCACCGUGGCAUGUACAGCAAUGCUCUCGUGACGCACAUGAUUCAACACUCCUACCUUCUUCUGAACUACAUAGGUGGCGGUUUUGGUGUGCGGGAUGUGAGUAUGGAAAUACAGAUUGGUGAGAAACUCGCAUUUCCAUGGGAAUUACUAGACUCCUAUAUACGCGAACGUCAACACCCUGGUGUCUUCAUCCCGAGAUCUCCGAAUUGGUCGCUGCAUGAAGGUGAAGCCUGUAUCGCUGUGCUCCCAGACGUCUUCGCAGCACCACCGGUUUCCUUUGCAGAGUUUGUGAAGUUUAUCGGCUAUCGCUUUAGUGUGCACCUCAACCUGCGUAUCUUCAUGGUGUGGAAGGAGGACGACUCUGAACUGAGUGUCAACAUUCCAGACACAAUGGAUUGGCCAGACAUCCAGCCCCUUCGCCGCGUUGUACUUUCUCAUGACAACCCACUGACGCUUGAGCGACAAUGUGUGCUGGACCACAAGACAGGCUCAACUCUCUCUUUGGACGCACCCGCGAAGGAUCGCAUGAUGUCCGUUGAUAUUACACUACCGGAGACAUACAACCCAAGGUGCCACUACUAUGUUCGGGUGUCGUGGUUAGUGUGCGUGGUGCCAAUUGUAAAGGAUUGGCUUGGUUCGUUUCUUGCCAAUGCCGCGCGGUAUCGUCUUCGAGCUGUGCCUAUUCCUUCGUACAAUCAAACUGUGAAGGGUGACUGUUUUGUGCCAAGGUACACUGUACGGGCCAGCAGCAAUGAGGAGGAACCGCGGUUUCGUCGGCGACUUCUUAGUCUUCUUACGAGUUGCACAUACCAAUAUUUUCCCGACAUCCCAGUGAUGAACCGCAACUGUCGGCUUCUACACUUUAGUGGGCUGUGCUAUGUGACUUCGCACUGGGAGGGAGAGUUGGUGGUGGCGCGUUGGUAUGAAAACCCUAUGUUGCGUGCUGGUCAGCCAGAACACCAGCAAUUGCUUCAAGAAUUCCUUCAGGCGGUGGACGUUGUUCGUAACGAGCUUCUGGCUUUUUGA